AAAAGAUAAAGACGUUAGGAAUGUUAGGUUCAUGGAUCAGUUAGGAUAGGUAAUUUUUGUGAAGAUUUUAUCUUCUAGUGUUUAUUUUCCAGCCCAACCACUAAUUCCAAAGUUGUCAACUUAUUCACCGAGCUUCAUUGGAGUUUUUAUCAGUUAACUUUCCCGAAAUUUAUAUCACUCACCAUGGAUUUGGAUGUGUAUGGCAUAUUGGAGGUGCUGCAAUCCGCUACAACUCAAGAGAUAAAGAAAGCAUAUCGCAAGAAGGCUCUGAAAUGUCAUCCUGAUAAGAAUCCUGACAAUCCUGAGGCUGCGAAACUUUUUCAUAACUUGUCAAAGGCUCUAGAGCUCUUGUUAGAUGAAUCAGCUCGGGCUGCAUAUGACAGAGUGUUGAAUGCAAAAGCUGCCGCGAAACUGCGCACCCAAGAGCUUGAUUCUAAAAGAAAGAAAUUAAAAGAAGACCUAGAAGCGCGUGAAAAAGAAGCCAAUCUCAAAGCAAGUGGAUACAAAGCGUAUGAUCUAAGAACAGAUGAAGAAAAACUCCAGGCUGAAAUCAAACGUUUACAAGAAGAGGGAUCAAAACAGUUGGCUGAAGAAAUAGCGUUUGUUCAGAAGCAAGUGGAGUUAGAAACUGCCAAUAGAGCAACUGAGUAUAAUGAAAACCCAGCUAGAUAUCGCCUAAAAGUCAAGUGGCAUGUUGACAAACAUGAUUCUGAAAAUGGUGGCUACGAUUACGAGAAGUUAUUGAAAAUUUUCUCAAAGUAUGGAGAAAUUUCCGUUUUAGUAGUAUCGAUGAAGAAAAAAGGUAGUGCACUUCUUGAAUUCGCCAAAUCUAGUUCUGCUAUCAAAGCAGAGCAAUUUGAGAAAGGGUUACCAACAAAUCCUUUGAAGGUCUCUUGGCUCGAAGGGAAUCCGAAUCCUCAACCAAGAGUGUCGACGAAUUUUAACCCUAGUGAGAAUAUUAGUUUUGAGAAAUCAUGUGGUGACUCUUCAAGUGGUCUUUUCUCUACAUCAUCAAAUUCAAAUGUCAGUUUUGACAACCUACCUUCAAAUUCAUCCAAUCUCUUUCCAUCCAUGUCUGGCAUCUCAAGCCAAAACAGUAAAAAAAGCAGCUCAACAGAGUCCAUAUCUAAAUCAUCUAGUUUAUUUCCAUCCACGUGCAAUGGUAAUAGUAAUCGGACUUUCCCUCUUUUCCCUUCACAGCCAAACAGGACUUUUACUGAUAAGGAGGAGAGAAAAAAUACUUCUGAUUCUAUAGUUUUAGACUCUGACUAUGAAACCAAAGUCCUUAGACAGUUACAUGAAGCUGCAAAACGGAAAAAGCAAUCCAAGAGGGUGGAGGAAGACAAUCAUUAGAAGCCUGAAUCUUAAAGUUCCUGUGCCCAUUCUGGUAACUAGUUUUUUCCCAGUUUUCUGCAAAGAGGUCCUCUUAAUGUUUACCUCUGAACAGAUGUAUGAGUUGGAAUUGUUAUUUGCACAACAUUGUUGCAACUAAAAAUAAAAAUACCUCUCAAUACAAAGAAUCCUUUUCUCUCGAACUUGAAACUUUGAGAGAAAAGACAAUGUAUCUCCUGAAACAAUUUCACAUGUUCGGAGUCCUACAAAAAUUUAUGUAAUUUAAUUUUUGAAGGCAUUUCAAUACCUUGGACCUUGCUGUCAUCCAAGUCCCCCUGUUCUGCAGAUAUUCACUCUCCCAAUUUGAAAUUUCAACUUUUGUUCUAAGUCUGCCCAGAAAAUUGUUUUUGCGUUCAUCUAUUGUAACAAGGUAAGCAGUUAAAAAAUUAAAAUGAAAAACAUACACUAAAUUCUAUUCAGGGCUAAGUGAAUUCUGUACCAUCCCAAAGGAGAGCAUGUCCUGAUACUACUCUAAAUGUAAAAACUAAGAUUUUUUAUUUUACAAACGUGAUGAGGUCUAAUUCCAUUCCUUUUAUUACUAUUUUUUGGUGUAUAAAAGCUGUUUUACAUUAAAGCAGCUAGCACUUGUCAAGUAGUUUAUUGAUGCUUUGUUCUGAAGUUCAUAAUAAUAAUUCAUCCAUAAUAAUAUCCAUGUUUCAUUCACAGAGAGCGAAAGUGGAAACAUGUACUUUAAAUCUUUAUCGCACUACCGUAAAAGACUCAGUUGCAAGUAGCUGUACCCCUCUCAUCUGCUCGGUUGUGUAACAGCCAUGGUAUCUGAAUUAGCAGAGGGAUAUGAUUGGUUUAUCUUAAACAGAAUCCACAUAUUUUGAUUUUUUAAUGCUCUACAUCUCCAACAAACAAAAAAUGUAUUAAGAGAUUUAAUCAGUGUUAGGAGCAAUUGGAAAGCAAACUGAUUUGUGAAGCAACAUUGAUUUAUGUAAUCAUCUUAAAUUUUCACAACUUUUGAACACUAUCUUUAAAAUUAUCUCUACCUAUCUGUAAUAAUCACAAUUCAAUCGUAUCAGUAGACCAAGCACAAAUGGAAUGAUGACAAUUUUUAUAAUAUGUAAUAACAAAUGUGAUGAAAUACGGCAAAAUGUGUCUAAAGGAGAAAAUUCAAAUCUUUUAGUACAUACUACAAAAACCGACUUGGGGUCAAAUGCACAGAUUUCUAGCUUUUAGUGCUAAACGCUUUCUACUUCUGUCAAGAGCAUCAGGCCAAAAUUCCAAGCCAUUAUUUGCAUCAAUAAGGAUGUUAUAUUGUUGAAAUGAAACAAUAUCCAUAAGGUGGCAACAGACUUGGCAAAACAUUAUCGCAUUUCUCUUGUAUCCUGAAAAGUUCACAAAGGAAAAAAAUUUGUGUGAGAGUGUUUUGAGCCAAAUAAUAUACGAGUAACCCCUCUGAUCUGUCAUUUGGUUAUUUAUAUUUAAGAGAGAAGCAAUGUCUUAUUCCAGUGAGAUCUAGAGAUCUAUUUGGCCGAUUCUCAUGAAUUUCUUUCUUGAAGGUAGGGAUGCGUUUGAGGAUCCGUCAAAUUGGAUCAGAUUCGAGCUUUCGACAUUCCCCGAUCUUUAAAAAAAUAUGAAAGGUGCCCCCGUGUGAAGGCUGCAGUUAGGUUUCUUCUUGUUACCUUGCGUGGCCAUUUGCACUCCAUAACCACCACCGCUCUUGCGCCUUAUCCGAUGUUACUCCCAUCGAAAACUCA